AUGAGCCUUAACUCUCAGAAUCUCCAGUUGUGGUGGAGACUCUCGUCCUUCCUUCUUCUGCUUCUUCAAUCUGUUACAGCUCAGUCAGUUACAUCUCUUAACUCUGAUGGGAUUUUCUUGCUAAAAUUCAAAUACUCCAUCCUCAGCGACCCUUUAUCAGUCUUAGAGAACUGGAACUACAAUGAUGCAACGCCUUGUUCAUGGCAUGGCGUUACAUGCAAUGAAAUAGGAGCCCCUGGUACCCCUGAUUUGUUCAGAGUAACUAGUUUGACACUUCCCAAUAGCCAACUUUUGGGUUCCAUUUCUGAAGACUUAGGCUUGAUCCAAUACCUUCGUCACAUCGAUCUCUCCAACAAUUUCCUUAAUGGAUCUCUACCCAGCACUAUCUUUAACUCUUCCCAGCUUCAAGUACUUUCCCUCUCAAACAAUGUUAUCUCGGGUGAACUACCUGACCUGGUUGGUAAACUAACAAACCUUAAACUUCUUAAUCUCUCAGACAAUGCUUUUGCCGGGUUGAUCCCAGAAAACCUCACCUCUCUACCAAACUUAACCGUUGUUUCUCUGAAGAGUAACUACUUUUCUGGUAGUGUCCCAACCGGGUUCAACUACGUGGAGAUUCUGGAUCUGUCGUCCAAUUUAUUCAACGGCUCUUUGCCCGAAGACUUUGGCGGCGAAAGCUUGCGCUACUUGAAUCUCUCUUACAACAAGAUUUCGGGAACAAUUCCUCCAGCAUUCGCGAAACAGAUUCCAGGAAACACAACAGUGGACCUCUCAUUCAACAAUCUGACAGGACCAAUACCAGAGUCUUUGGCUUUGCUCAACCAGAAGACAGAGUUUCUAUCAGGAAAUUCUGAUCUUUGUGGUAAGCCUCUGAAGAUUCUGUGCACCGUUCCCUCUACUGAGUCCAGCGCUCCACCCAAUGUCACCACAUCUUCACCAGCCAUUGCUGCCAUACCAAAAAUUGACUCAAACCCUUCAGCAAACUCAACAGGAACCACCACCAGUUCUCAGAAUGUAUCACCAAGUGGCCUAAAACCUGCCACCAUAGCAGCAAUUGUGGUAGGAGACUUAGCCGGCAUGGCCCUUUUGGCCCUCAUCAUUCUCUUCAUCUACCAACAGAGAAAGAAAAGACAUCCAGAUCCAAAUUCAAAACCCAACACUAAUGCUGCUUCUGCCAACAACUCAGAAAAGAAAGACGAAACUGCUUCGAGACAAGAUGCAGAUACAAGAACAGUAACUCCUUCACUUCCUUGUUCCUGCUUAACAAUCAAAGAAGAAGAAACUUCGGAAGCAACUAGCUCCGACAGUGACCACGAGAGUAACACGGCAGUGGACAUCAUGGCAGCGCAAAACGGGAACCUUCCGAAACAAGGCACUCUUGUAACCGUUGAUGCGGAAACAAAUUUGGAGCUUGAGACUCUGCUUAAGGCUUCAGCGUAUAUUUUGGGAAACAGCCACGUCAGCAUUGUUUACAAGGCAGUGCUAGAGGAUGGGAGAGCCUUUGCUGUUAGAAGGAUCGGUGAGCGUGGGAUUGAGAAAAGGAAGGACUUUGAGAACCAAGUGCGUGCCAUUGCAAAGCUUCGUCAUCCCAAUUUGGUUAAGGUUCGUGGCUUCUGCUGGGGUCGAGAUGAUAAACUCCUAAUAUGUGACUAUGUCCCCAAUGGCAGCCUCGCCACCAUAGAUCACAGAAAAGCAAGUUCGUCCCCUUUGAACUUGUCCUUGGAGGUACGGUUGAAGAUAGCAAAAGGGAUGGCACGAGGGUUGGCCUUCAUUCACGAGAAGAAACACGUGCAUGGCAAUGUUAAACCCAGCAACAUCCUGCUAAACUCUGAAAUGGAAGCCAUCAUAAGCGAUUUUGGGCUAGACCGGCUCCUCUUGAACGAUGUGACCCACAGAGGAAACAGUUCUGGUAGACAAUUAAUGGCGAGCCAGAGAAGCCAGCAAGAGCUGGCAUUUGGGUCAAGUCCCUUCGCAGCAAUGGGAUCAUCAUCUAGUGGUGCGGGCCACAUAAUGCCCUAUCGAGCCCCAGAGUCACUUGAGAACAUGAAACCAAGUCACAAAUGGGACGUGUACUCUUUUGGGAUGGUGUUGCUGGAACUUCUAACUGGAAAGGUUUUCCUGGAGCGAGAGCUGGAACAGUGGAAUGAACCGAGUUUAAUGGAGGAGGAAAAGAGCCGGGUGUUGAGAAUGGCUGACGUUGCAAUAAAAUCUGAAAUAGAAGGGAGAGAGGAUGUGGUAUUGGCAUGGUUCAAGUUGGGUCUUAGCUGUGUUUCUCAUGUCCCACAAAAGAGACCUUCUAUCAAAGAGGCUCUACAAAUCUUAGACAAGAUCCCUUGUGCUGCUCUCAAUUAA